AUGAAGAUCAAUCUGCUUGAGAUAGCGAUGAUCGCAACCGAGCAUCCGGGGCUUCUUGCGCUUGUGCUGGGCCUCUUCAUUCUCGCCCUCGUUGUAGUCGUUAGUACCCCAUCCAUACUACCUCAGUUCAUAAUUACCUCCUGUUUUGAUACUCACUCAGAUCCCCAGAACUCCUCCUCUCGCACCGAUCUUUCUAAUAUCCCCGGCCCCGUCCUCGCCCGUCUCUCCCGCCUUUGGCUCAUCUGGGUUGACUACACCGGCCACCGAACGCGCACCAUCCAUGCACUGCAUCAGAAACAUGGCCCGGUCGUCCGUAUCGGACCUAAUGAAGUAUCUUUCUCCUCCCGCCAGGCCAUGCGUGAUAUAUACGGUGCGGCCAACGGUUUUAUCAAAGCACCCGUCUAUGAGGCCUUUGGACGGCCCAGCUCGUUCACGAUCCGUAACAAGGAGGCGCAUCGGGCGCGCCAGAAGCGGAUCGCGCACGUAUUUGCCCCUGCGGCUAUUGCAGACGUAGAGCCCCUCGUUCACGAGCAGGUGCGGGCAUUGCUGAGUGCGCUUGACAAGAGGGUGGGAGAGACGAUUGAUCUUAUGGAGUGGUUUCGGAUUUUUGCGUUGGACGUUGUUGGCGCAGUUUUCCUGGGGAGAGACUUUGGGGGCCUCGCGAGUGAAGUCGCUCCCGGCAUCCUUCACGACCUGGACGAAGUCUUUCCCUCCCUCUGGAUCGAAUGGCAGUUUGCAUCGAUUCGGUGGCUGUUACUCUGUCUUCCAAUCCAGUCCCUACGACACUUUCUCAAGGCGGGACCAAAUUUUUAUAACUACGGCGCCUCAGCCUUCAAGGCCUAUGUUUCUCAAUACGGCCGGUCCGGCACCCGCCGCGAUCUCCUCACCAAACUCAUCUCGGGGGCCAAAGGCGCCGACCCUCUGCAGGACCAUGAGAUCGUCAACGAAAUGACCAACCUCAUCUUCGCGGGGACCGAUACCACCAGUAACACGUUCUCGUACAUGUUCUACGAACUGGCCAAGUUGCCCCACUGGCAGGAUCGAUUGCAGGCGGAGCUAGAUCAGGUGGCAUUCACCGAGAUUCCGGAGUACAAGGACAUUAGGGCCUUGGAUGUGCUGGAUGCGGUGAUUCACGAGACGCUGAGAUUGCAUCCGUCUGCACCAGCGAGUUUGCAGAGGGUGGUUCCUGCCACGGGCGGCGUGGUUGAUGGGAUCCGUGUGCCUGGGAAGGCAAUUGUCUCCUGCCAAUCGUUUUCCGUCCAACGCGACCCAGAGGUGUACCCAAACCCGGACACGUACGACCCCGAUCGAUGGCUCACUGCCUCCGAGGACCAGGUGGCCGCCAUGCAUGACCGGAUUCUCGUCUGGGGCAAAGGCAGUCGGUCGUGUCUGGGCAAGCAGCUGGCAUAUAUGGAGUUGAAGGUAGCCACCGCAGCGAUCAUGAAGCGGUUCCGGGUGGAAUUGGGCAGUGCGGCCACGGAUGACGAUAUGGAGAUGACGGAUCAUUUCACCUUGAUUGCCAAGGGGAGGAGAUCGGUGAAAUGCCAGCCUGCCAAAAAGACAAACGUGCACAAGCUUUACGCACCGGUAUUCCAUAACAAAUUCAACUCGUCGUCAAACCCACAUAUCGGCUGCGUCACCCCCAGCCCAAAUGGAGCCACCGACGAAUCAAACGGAUGA